GCUCCACGACUUCUCAGCCACUCCGGGAUUUCCGAACAGCGGAAGUGUCGCGAAGGAGGGGCCGGAAAUCCCGCCUCCGCCGGAGGAAGCUGCGGACGCAAGACAGCCAAUCCGGAGGAAGGCAGUAGUUGCAUGGAGACAACUCAGAGCCCGCGCGAAGGCCGUAGGCCGGAAGUACAGUGGGGACAGGACUUCGUACCGGAAGUGAUCAUUCCUGGGUUAUUACUGUCGGCGCACCGGCGGGGGAGAUGCUCCAAGUGGCCGAGUGGAGUGGGCCGGAGGAGGGUUAGAGAGAGGGGCGCAGCGUGGACCCGGGGCCGGGCCGGUGGCCCUCACUCAGACCAUGAGCUACACCAAGCACUGGGGAGAAUGGUUCCUGAACCUGCGGGUGCCGCCCGCCGGGGUGUUCGGCGUGGCCUUCCUGGCCCGGGUCGCCCUGGUUUUCUACGGUGUCUUUCAGGACCGGACUCUGCUGGUGAGGUACACCGACAUAGACUACCACGUGUUCACGGACGCCGCGCGUUUCGUCACGGAGGGGCGCUCCCCUUACCUGAGGGCGACGUAUCGCUACACGCCGCUCCUGAGUUGGCUCCUCACUCCCAACGUCUACCUCAGCGAACUCUUUGGCAAGUUUCUCUUCAUCAGCUGCGACCUCCUCACCGCCUUCCUCGUGUACCGCCUGCUGCUGCUCAAGGGGCUGGGGCGCCGCCAGGCCUGUGGCUACUGCGUCUUCUGGCUGCUUAACCCCUUACCCAUGGCGGUGUCCAGCCGAGGCAACGCAGACUCCAUCGUCGCCUCUCUGGUGCUUACGACCCUGUACUUAAUAGAGAAACGACUCAUCGCGUGUGCCGCGGUGUUCUAUGGCUUCGCGGUGCACAUGAAGAUGUAUCCGGUGACCUACAUCCUCCCCAUAGCGCUCCAUUUGCGACCCGAGCGCGACAGUGACGAGGGGCUCCGGCUAGCCCGGUACUCUUUCCAGGCUCGUUUGUACGACUUCCUGAAGAGGCUGUGUAGCUGGGCGGUGCUGCUUUUCGUAGCAAUUGCAGGACUCACUUUUUUGGCCCUGAGCUUCGGUUUUUACUAUAAGUACGGUUGGGAGUUUCUGGAGCACACCUACCUUUAUCACCUGACUCGGAGGGAUAUCCGCCAUAACUUUUCUCCAUACUUCUAUAUGCUGUAUUUGACUGCAGAGAGCAAGUGGAGUUUCACGCUGGGGAUCGCUGCGUUCCUGCCACAGUUCGUCUUGCUUUCAGCCGCGUCUUUUGCCUACUACAGAGACCUUGUCUUCUGUUGUUUCCUUCAUACGUCCAUUUUUGUGACUUUUAACAAAGUCUGCACUUCUCAGUACUUUCUUUGGUACCUCUGCCUUCUGCCUCUGGUGAUGCCACUAGUGAGGAUGCCUUGGAAAAGAGCCGUGGUCCUCUUAAUGUUGUGGUUCAUAGGACAGGCCUUAUGGCUGGCUCCUGCAUACGUUCUAGAGUUUCAAGGAAAGAACACCUUCCUGUUUAUUUGGUUAGCUGGUUUGUUCUUCCUUCUGAUCAACUGUUCUAUACUGAUUCAGAUUAUUUCCCAUUACAAGGAGGACCGCCUAACCGAGAGAAUCAAAUACGACUAAUGUGUCUGGAUCUUCUGUAGCAUUCUGAGGAUUCCAUGUGGACUAGAAAAGCUUUGUAAUUUUUUUUCCUCCCUGAGCACUCUGAGCACUCUAGUGAAAGUUCCCUUGUUCCAAUAGAAAUUAAAACCGGUGUUGGCCUUACAUAUAAAGGGGACCAAUAACUGAGGUCCAUCCUUUGGAAGUCUUAGGACUCUGUUUGUUUGUUGAGAAGUAAAUCUUUCUUGUUUGACUGCUGAAAAGCUGGUGAAGUUAGAAGAUGCUGAAAUAUUUUUGAACAGUAGAGGAAUAGACAUAAGGUCUCUGACAGUUUGUUCCUGUCACUGUGCUACUGUUGUACCUUCAGCCCCUGCCUUUUUUUUCCCUGCAGUUCUGACAGCUAUGGACAUUUACAAAGUUCCUAAAGGACAACAUUUUUACAUAUAAAGUAUUAACAGUUCCAUGCUCAGUUGGGAAAGUUUUAAAUUUUUGCAUUAAAUGUGGGGGCUUAGAAGAGAACUAAUCCAAAGAAUUUAAACUGUGGUCAUGUAUUUGUUUUGUAAUUUAGUUUUUCAGCAUUAGUACCAGUGGUAUUUGUUUUAUACAAAAAGAUUAAAUUUAAACUCCUCCAUCUUUAGACCUGAGUUUAAACAAAAGAAAUUGGACAUUAGCAUGUAUAUGCUUGCCCUUUUUCUAAUUCCUAGAAAGAUUUUUCUUCUAGAGUUUAAGUUGAGUAUUGUCUGUUGUAAAAGUAGUAGACUUUAGAUGGUAAAGCCAAAGUUUUGGGUAUGAUGUCAUUUGCUCUAUUCUGGCUUUAUCGUCUAAAUUGUUACAAUAGUGAACAUUGUUGAUAAGGCAUAAACCCUACACUCUGAAAAUCCCCUGAUAGAAAGGAUGAUUUUUGAGGAAGACUCCUGUGAAGCAUAAGUGGUGUCAUUGUUUGGGCUCACUGCUCUAGAUCAAGAGGUUGCAAGGGACUUGAGGAAUUACAGAAAUGAGGCUGUGGUGGGCAGAUCUUUUUAUGUAUCACUAGAAGUAAAUACAGUGAUAGGGAAAUACUUUCUCAACUGUAUGAAUAAACAUUCUAAAAUUUUCUUAGAAAACAUAGAGCCCAUCUAUGUUGAGGGCUUUCUAACAUUUGAAGAUGUCACGGAAAUAGAUGAUUAUGAUUUUGUGAUCAUGAUUUUUUUUUUUCCAAAAAAAAAAUUGGUUUUUUCCAGAGUCACCAACAACAAAAAACUCCAGAAAAAUAAAUACUGCUCCAGAAAAGUAGUAAUUUUUUUUCCUGUUAGGGCAAGCCUUUUUUAAAAAGGCCUUUGUUAAAAUAUUUAGGGCUGCUCAUAAUUAAAAAUUCUAUUGUGGCAGCAUUUCUUUGCUGAUUCCUUUUGGGAUUGGCCUUAGAAGAAAAGGCUUUCUGUUGCUUACUGUGUGAAGAAAAGUGGUCAAUUGUAGAAAACAAUGGCCUUUCCUAAAAUGUCAAAACCCAUCCUUUUUAUUAGCUCAUAACAGCGUACUGCUUAAGACAGUUUAAGUAGUAGCUUUCCAAUUUAUGGCACAUGAACCUUUUAAAAUUAUUAUGGGGAUUGAAACCAGGGCCUCAAGCUUUCUAGGCAAGUAGUCUACCACUGAGCAAUGUAUCCAGCCCCAAGUGAAAUUUUGAAAUGAAAAUUUGAGCAAGGAAAGUAUAUUCUUGUGUUUGUAUAAGCCUGGCUUUUCUUGCUCUUUUAGACAGUCCAGGCUGGCCUUAAACUUUCUUUGUUUGCCCAAGAUAAACUUGAACUCCUGACCUUCAGGCCUCUACCUCCUAAGAGCUGAGAUUACAGUCCUGUGCCGUUGUGCCUGGCUCAGAAAAUCU